CGCUAGAUGGAGCAACAAAAGAGGGCGAUGGCGAUGUGUUUACGUUUGUGCAAGUUAUGAUAAAAAUAUAGCAAUAAAGUUAGUCGCCUGCCCUUCCAAAUUUCACAAAAUCAUAAUGAUAAAGUUCGGCGGUCUCAUAGACGAUUCAAAAAAAAAACACGGCACAAAGUACAUUUUAUCAGCAGCGCCAGAUAACACAGUUGCUCUAGAUGGAGCAGAAUUGAUCCCAAUCGAUUUAGGUGGUAGAUUAGUAACACAUCCAACUAUUUCUAUAAACGAACUAGGCAAACAGUUAUUGAAAGCUGCUGCCGAUGGAGAUGUUGAUGAGAUUAAAGCUCUGUUUACUAAGGGGGCGCCUUUUACUGCCGACUGGCUUGGAACUAGUCCAUUGCAUCUAGCAGCUCAGAAUAAUCACUUGGAAAUAACAGAAAUAUUGUUGAGGGCUGGUAUAUCGAAAGAUGCAAGGACCAAGGUUGAUAGGACUCCGUUACAUAUGGCCGCAUAUGAGGGCCACUUACAAAUCGUCGAUACCUUGGUUAAACAUGGUGCUGACAUAGAUUGUAGGGAUUUACUCGGAAUGACACCUUUGCAUUGGGCUGUGCAGAAUGGACAUUUUCAAGUGGUGGAAUAUUUGAUAAGUAACGGUGCGCAGCUAGACAUCCAGAACAAAUUUAACCUCACUCCUUUGACGAUUGCACAGCAGAUUGAGAGGUCGGAUAUAGAAGACUACAUAAGUAACAGUAUGGCAGAUUCGUCGGUGGCGGCACAGAAUUUAGUUAUACAGUUGGCUGCUGAGGACGCAGCUGAGAAUAACAGUGAAAGUCAGGGUUUCUCGGAGGAUAUGGAGUUGGAGAACAGUAAUCACGAAUCUAUAAUCAUUCCUAUAGAACCUAGUAUGAUGUCUCAGUUUGAGCCUGAGAGCUCUGAAAUAGAAGAAGACUUGAGUCAAACAGGCAACGAGGAAUAUUUUUCGGAACAAGACCAAGAAUCUAUAGAGAGAGAAAACGAACAGUUGGUUGAAAACGUCAAUAUGGAUACCACAAAUUUCUCCGAUUCAUUGAAACUGCUCCAAGAACACGGUAUUACCAUGUUGCAAACUGAUGAGAACGAAGACGGGAACAUUUUAAAUUCUGUGAUGGAAAGCGGGCAUUCGGUAGUUCUAACAGACAUUGGAAAAGAAGUUCUGAAUUCCGUCAAGCAGUCUGAGCAGCAGCAGCUGCAGAUGGAGAAGAAGAUCGUGCAAGUGACACCCGAGGAAUUUUUAGCCAUGGCCAACGGUUCUCUGAACAACAAUAAGAACUUGUUCAGGCAGUUGAAAGUGCUGCCCGUCAAGAGCCAGGUCAAACGGAUAGUCAUGAAGAAGAACAAGGUCAUUCCCGUUACGAGUGUUACAAGUAUUCGUACUGAACCGAGGUCUCCGACUCUACCGGCUGGCAUGAUACCGUCCCGCACGGAUAUGGAGUUGGUGAUGACUCAGCUGAUAGAAGCCAGGAAGACGAUAGAGGAGUACAAGAUCAAAUUGCACAAGAAGGAGCAGGAGGCGGAGCGUUACAAGAUGCAAUUGAAGCUGUUGAUGGAUCCCAGUUAAUCGCCGUUCGCUUACAGUUGAGGCGUUGCCACAUCUCAGGUACCUCCCCGGACAACGGCUCAAUGCCGGUCGUCUUGUAAAUAGGGUUAACAUGCAGUUAGUUGUUGAAUUUGAGUAUUAAUAAUUUGUACGAGUAUGCUUGGAAUUGUUUGUUAUAAUGACGGUUAUUUAUUUUUUUAUAAUUUUAGAUUUUUGUACAUACGAGAAAUUGA